AUGCACGUGAUAAAGCGAGGUAGGUCCUUUCUAGUAGGAAUAAUAGCAAAAGCUAGCUACGUUUGUCAUUUGACUGUGACUCUUGUCUUUUUAUUUAUUUUUACAAGCAAACUUUUGAACAUUUAUAUCGUUGGCUACUGUCAUUAACCACGUUGGAUGACUUUGCCUAGUUAGGUAGCUAAUGUGAUUGAAUGCGUUAGCUAGCUAGAUCAAGUCCUCUGUCGUGUAGUAUAAUAAGAACGAUCAAGACAGGUUAUUGACAGUCUCGCAGCAGAUGUCCCUUUGUCAAAUUUGGCGCCAAAUUUGUUAACGUUUUGUAGUUAAGCUAGCCAGCUAAGUACUUCUACCUAGGUCAUUUGAUUGGAAGUAUCAGUGACUAUACCAUCAAUUAAUCAAUCGUAUAGCUAGUUAACGUUUUCAAGUAUUUCAAUGUUGAUACUUUUCCCCCCCAAAACCUCUUUCUGGGUUACACAACAGGAAGUUGGCUAGCUAACUAGUCACAUAACUACAUUAAAUUUGUUUUUAAGCUUUGGGAAAGUUACUGACAUUAACUUGUAAAUUCAUUUUCCAUGGCACACACACACUUUAUUGAAGUGAUUUUCUGAAUAACAUUUCCAUCUUUACAUAAUUUUCAGAUGGGCGCGAAGAGCGUGUCAUGUUUGACAAGAUCACUUCACGCAUCCAGAAGCUGUGCUAUGGACUCAACUCUGACUUUGUAGAUCCAGUGAGUCGAUAUUUUAUGUUCAAUGUAUUUCCAUUGUUUGUUAAUUCUAGUGUUGCUGUGUUUCUCUAACCCACCCUUCACCCUGCCUGUUGUCCCACCUUUAGACCCAGAUCACCAUGAAGGUCAUCCAGGGUCUAUACAGUGGGGUUACUACAGUGGAGCUGGACACGUUGGCAGCAGAAAUAGCUGCCACCCUCACAACGAAACACCCCGACUAUGCCAUCCUGGCUGCCCGCAUCGCCGUCUCCAACCUGCACAAGGAGACCAAGAAGGUGUUCAGCGGUAAGUCUCUCUUGCAAAUUGUAAUUAUUCUGACCUUUAUUCAAAAGGUAUGCAUAUUGCGCCAUUAUCAGGCUCACUCAAAUUAGCCAAGUUUCAGCCAUUCCACACAUUCAGUGGCACAGAUGUCAAAUUUGACAAUCGCACUUCUAGUAACUGAAGAAAUCGGUACCUAAAAGUAAUUUCUAAGCCCUGGGUGUGUGAAACUAGUGUAUCUGGAAAUCUCUUCAUGUUUUAUUUUAUUUUUACCAUUUUAUUUUCUUCUGUCAAUGCUGUUUUAGAUGUGGUGGAGGAUCUCUACAACUAUGUCAACCCACUAAACAGACGUCACUCCCCCAUGGUCGCCAAGGAGACACUUGACAUUGUCCUAGAAAACAAGGAUCGCCUCAACUCUGCCAUCAUCUUUGACCGGGACUUCUCCUACAACUUCUUUGGAUUCAAGGUAAUUUUUACAGUACAUGGUUUAUGAACCAUAACAAUUUAAAUGUAAAUUCUGCAAUUGUAGGAAAGUAAACAAAUAUGUGUAUUUUUCUACAUAGACACUUGAGCGGUCCUACCUUCUGAAGAUUAAUGGGAAAGGUGAGUCGGCUCAAAUUACCUCCCUGUAAGAAUUAACAUCUUGUCAUGAUACGAACAUAUACUACACUGGAUUAGGGCUCAUCACCAGUGGCACCUGGCCAAACAGGCACAUUUUCAGAGCUGUUUUUAUUUAUUUUUAAUGUGGAAAUAUCUGGUUCAGAUGAGCUCCAUCCCUUAUGCUGACCUGUUCUCUUCCUGUGUAGUUGCGGAGCGACCCCAGCACAUGCUCAUGAGGGUGGCAGUUGGGAUUCAUAAGACUGACAUUGACGCUGCCAUCGAGACUUACAACCUGCUGUCAGAGAAGUGGUUCACCCACGCUUCCCCCACACUCUUCAACGCUGGCACCAAUCGCCCACAGCUGUCCAGGUAAGCGCUUAAUAUUUUGCAUCUACUUUUGCCAUUCUACUAUAAGCCAUUCCCAUUCCUCAGCUCUGAUUACUGAAUUGCACUGACAUCUUUGACAGUUCUAGGUGCAAACCAGAAAAAAAAGCUUGAUCUGUUUUAAAUGAGUUGUCCUUGUUGACUUUUCAGCUGUUUCCUGUUGGCCAUGAAGGAUGACAGCAUUGAGGGCAUCUAUGACACCCUAAAGCAGUGUGCCCUAAUUUCUAAAUCAGCAGGGGGCAUCGGCGUGGCAGUCAGCUGCAUCAGAGCCACGGGCAGCUACAUUGCUGGGGUGAGGAUUACAUGAUCACGUUUAUAAAUAAGACUUCCCCUUGAGGCGUUGCUGUCCGACUAAGUGUCGUGAUGGGGCUAUGUCUACGCCGAGGACCCAGAACAGUGGGUACUUGGAGUGAUUGAUGGCUGACCGAUCGUGGGUAAAGUUUAUAAAUGAGCAAAAAAUGACUUUAUGCUUCAUUGUGAUGCUUGGCAAGUCACUCAUUGACUGAAGCUUAUUUUUUUCUUUUUUUUAAGACAAAUGGUAAUUCCAAUGGGCUGGUUCCCAUGCUCCGAGUGUACAACAACACAGCACGCUAUGUGGACCAGGGAGGCAACAAGGUGAGAAUGAAAUGAGGUUUGAAUACAGGUUUUGUUAUUGACUCUGGCCACAGGAUGACCUCGUAGAUAUGCAUUAGCGCUCUGCGCAGAGAUGACCCACUAUCUAUCACCCAAGUCUGAUGGCUCUGAGAACAUGCAUACGGUCUUUCAGACUCUGUGGCCUGUGUUCACUGUGCCGUCAUCAGGCAUUUAACUCUUGCUUAUCACCCUCCUUCUCAGAGACCUGGUGCAUUUGCCAUGUACCUGGAGCCGUGGCACUUUGAUGUGUUUGACUUCUUGGAUCUAAAGAAGAACACUGGGAAGGAGGAGCAGAGGGCCAGAGAUCUGUUCUACGCCAUGUGGAUCCCUGACCUCUUCAUGAAGAGAGUGGAGAGCAACCAAGUAUGCAGCAACAUUUAUCAACUGAAGUAUUCAAACCAGUUGUGGUCAGUGCCGUUUUAAGAUGAGGGAGGACAAUUUUCUUUUCAUGAGCAUGGCCUUAUUUCUAUUACAGCAUAUUGGAUGACUGUCAUUCAUAUUCCAUUCAGUCAGUUCAAUGUAACAGCGAUAGGUUUAGGCUACUACAUGAUACUCAAAUUUUCUCUAUACCCAUCAUGAGGUUGCUACAACCAAUUAAAGUUUACAACGUAGGUGCACACAGGUCGAGAGACAAAUUUGAGGUGACAGACUGACACAUGGACAGACAGUGACAUUCAAUAAUGCCUUGCACACUCUUGCCUGCAUCUAGCUGAUAUAGGAUGUAAUCAUUAGUCCAACUGUUGCAAGCAAGUUUCUAUUGGACAAAUUUAAGUUUUGUUCCGCUUGCUUCUGUUUUUAAGAAAAGUUUUCAACAGAAUCGGCGGAAUGAAUCCACCGCUGAUCACGCGUAAACACAUAGCCACAUUGUAUUCCUUCUCGCAUCCAUGUGCUCUCCUACUCUCACCUCUUCCUUUUGCUUGUGGACUUCAAUGCACAACACAUCAGCUGUGUGUGACCAGGCGAAAAAACCUUUCCAAGCCAAACCGCUACACACAGCCUACAUCGUUGUCACCAUAUUAGCUAAAGUAACAUCAUAGUCAGCAUAGUUAAUAGAACUAACGCGUUAGUAAACCCACUACAAUCAUGCAGUAUAGUUAGUGUACAGUCAGUAAGCAGUUACACCGGCGGGCCCGGUGGCAAUAAAUUAGUAAAACCAAAAGCUUACCUUGACUUAAUAAUAAUAAUAUGCCAUUUAGCAGAUGCUUUUAUCCAAAGCGACUUAGUCAUGUGUGCAUACAUAUUUACGUAUGGAAGAGUUCCAGUGUUGUGUUGGAUAGUCAUAGCCAGCCAGCUAACAUAGCAUCCCUCUGUUUGGGCAGGGUGUUUCAGUAGGCUAACCUAGCUAGCUGUAUUUGCUAGCUAAGUUAAUGAAACUGAAAUGGACAAAAAAGGACACUCUCGCUAUACAUUUCUCUCUUGCUUCUCCAAAACUGUUCAACUACGGUCUUUCUAUCUCUUUGAGUCAACUAUUCACCACAUGCACUGCAGUCCUAGCUAGCUGUAGCUUAUGCUUUCAGUACUAGAUUAAUUAUCUGAUCCUUUGAUUGGACAACAUGUCAGUUCAUGCUGUAAGAGCUCUGAUAGGUUGGAGGGCAUCCUCCGGAAGUUGUCAUAAUUGCUGUGUAAGUCAAUGGAAGGGGGUGAGAACCAUGAGCCUCCUAGGUUUUGUAUUGAAGUCAAUGUACCUAGAGGAGGACGGAAGCUAGCUGUCCUCUGGCUACACCAUGGUGCUACCCUACAGAGUGCUGUUGAGGCUAGUGUCGACCGCUUUGCAAAAUAGUGUGUUUUAAUCAAUUACUUGGUGACAUGUAUAACUUUUUUUUAUGUUUUACAAUUUUUAUGAAAUUCACUGAAGAUGGUCCUCCCCUUCCUCCUCUGAGGAGCCUCCACUGAUUCAAACCAGAUGGAAUUUUGUGAAAUUCAAGCACAAGUAUAUUUUGUACAAUUUGUGCUCCUCAAGGUUGAAUUAAAGAAGGGAAUAUGGAGUGGUUCUGUUUGGAUGAAUAUCAGUACUCAUGGCGUAUUGUACCCACAGGACUGGUCCCUGAUGUGCCCCAGUGACUGCCCUGGACUGGAUGAGUGCUGGGGGGAGGAGUUUGAGAAGCUCUAUACCAGGUAAGACCGGCACUCCUGACCUGGUAUAACACUGCUCCAUACCAGUCUCGACACCCUGUGCAGUGUCUCACUGGACCUGUCUCUGUCUAUCGUCAGGUAUGAGCAGGAGGGUCGGGUCAAGCGGGUGGUGAAGGCCCAGCAGGUGUGGCACGCCAUCAUCGAGUCCCAGACUGAGACGGGCACCCCCUAUAUGCUUUACAAGGACGCCUGCAACAGGAAGAGCAAUCAGCAGAACCUGGGCACCAUUAAGUCCAGUAACCUCUGUACAGAGAUUGUAGAGUACACCAGCCAUGAUGAGGUGAGGGCAACAGAUUACCUAAACGGUUUGAACUACUGAAGCUGUCUGAAAUGGCACCCUAUUCCAUAUUUGGUGCACUACUUUUGACCAAAGUCCAAACCUGUUUCCUGUAUAGGGGCCCUGGUCGAAAGUAGUGCACUAUACAGGGAUUAGGUUGACAUUUUGGACGCAACCUGAGCCUCAGUUUGUUAUUGACUCUGGCCACAGGAUGACCUCAUAGAUAUGCAUUAGCGCCCUACGCAUGGAUGACCAACUACAGUAUCUAUCACCCAAGGAUAAUGGGUCUGAUAACAUGCAUACUUAAUCACAAAGCUGUUUGAAUGGCAUCCUUUGAUUUGUAUAUUGUUUAAAAUAAAUGUUGGAUCACACAAAAAAAAAGUUUAAAUGGCCAAACGUGUGAUGCUAAUCUAUCUGGCUCCUGUUUCCCAAUCUCAGGUGGCAGUGUGUAACCUGGCGUCCAUCGCCCUCAACAUGUAUGUCACCUCAGAGAGAACAUUUGACUUCAGCAAGCUGGCCUACGUCACCAAGGUCAUCGUCAGGAACCUCAACAAGAUCAUUGAGAUCAACUACUACCCUGUGGUCGAGGUAAGGUCUAGAGUUCAGCUUAUCGAUACUAAUAAUGAUAUGAUCAGCAAGACUGAUGAUUCUACAGGUUAUAUCUUCAUGUGGACCAGUAACUGAUUCCCCAUACCUCUCCUUCUCUCUAACCAGGCUGAGAACUCCAACAAGCGCCACAGGCCCAUUGGUAUCGGUGUGCAGGGUCUUGCUGACGCUUUCAUCCUGAUGCGUUUCCCCUUUGAGAGCGCUGAGGCCCAGAAGCUCAACACUCAGAUCUUUGAGACCAUCUACUACGCUGCCCUGGAGUCCAGCUGUGAGCUGGCUGCUGAGCUCGGUGCCUACCAGACCUACCCAGGCUCCCCUGUCAGCAAAGGAGUGAGUACCACCACCCUUACACCUAACUGAGAUGUUAGAUAUCUUGUGCAGGGUUUUUGUUUUGGGUAACUAACUUGUCAAUGGUUAAUUUCAGAAUUGUGUAUUAAGGAGAAUGUUCUGGUGUGGGUCUCAGGCUUAAACUGUUAUAAUUUCCCCCCCCCAGAUCCUUCAGUACGACAUGUGGGACAAAACCCCAACUGACCUGUGGGACUGGAAACUUCUCAAGGAAAAGAUUGCUAAGUAAGUUCUCAACCUUGUCUUCCAUUUUACCAACACAACUACAGCUAGUCUCAACACAUAAACCAAGUGGACUUAAAUGUUGACGCCUUUCUGUUUCAUCACCACUUCACUCACCCCUCUGCCCCCUCUCUCCAGGCACGGUGUGAGGAACAGUCUGCUGCUGGCCCCCAUGCCCACGGCCUCUACAGCCCAGAUCCUGGGCAACAACGAGUCCAUCGAGCCCUACACCAGCAAUAUCUACACCCGCAGAGUCCUCUCUGGAGAGUUCCAGGUCAGUACCACUCUCUGUGGGUUCCACAGACACUGACAUCUGCUGACACACAUACACAUCAUAUCAAACACUUGAAGGCUCUGAUUAUGGGGGUGUAAAAAGUUGUGUGUAUGUGAGCACUAAUGUUCUUUGUGCUCCCUGUAGAUUGUGAACCCCCAUCUGUUGAAGGACCUAACAGAGAGAGGGCUGUGGAACGAGGAGAUGAAGAACCAGCUGAUUGGUCAGAAUGGAUCCAUCCAGGUGAGAACCCAGACCCAUCACAGCUCUAAUCAAUAAAGAGCAAUCAGAAGAGUGCAAUUAUGCCCUAUUUUGUGAAGGUCAUGUCUAACUUUUGUUCGAUUUUAAAAGUGUUAUCCUUUUUAGUAGUUGUCAUUGUUCUAACUAUUUUUACUUGUCUUUAGGGCAUUGCUGAGAUCCCAGAUGACCUGAAGGAGCUGUAUAAGACUGUGUGGGAGAUCUCCCAGAAGACUAUUCUGAAGAUGGCUGCUGACCGCGGGGCCUUCAUAGACCAGAGCCAGUCCCUCAACAUCCACAUUGCUGAGCCCAACUACGGCAAGCUCACCAGCAUGCACUUCUACGGCUGGAAGCAGGUGAGUUGGCUUGCCUAUUGAAGUUUAUAAAACAUUGCAUUUUCUUAGCCCAGGGCCAUCCUUAACCCUGGGUUAAAAUGGCUGGCUGAUGCUGCCCCUUGAGGCGUUGCAGUCCGACUGCAAGUGUCGAGCCCGUGUCAUGAGGGGCGGAGAGUGACAGGGCUAUGUCUAUGCCGAGGACCCAGAACAGUGGGAACUUGGCGUGAUUGAUGGCUCUGACAAAAUAAAUACACUUUCUAAAAAGCUGGCUAGGGAGACAACUUAUGAGGAUCAAUGUAGUGCUAAAUAUAAAUCAAGAUAAACCACUAACCUCUUCUCUGCUCCUCAGGGUCUGAAGACGGGCAUGUACUACCUGAGGACCAAGCCUGCAGCCAACCCCAUCCAGUUCACCCUGAACAAGGAGAAGCUGAAGGAGUCCCAGUCGGCUAAGAACGAGGAGGAGAUCAACAGAGCCGCUAUGGUGUGUUCCCUGGAGAACCGUGACGACUGCCUGAUGUGUGGCUCUUAG